ACACACACAACAACAACAACAGCAGCAGCAGCAGCAGCACGCACACAACUGCACCACACAGCAGCAACAAAGACAAACAACAACUGCAGGCCCAAAGAUGGACCAUGCGACGGCGAGUGCGGUGGCAGGUGGGGCUGCCGGUGCGAUAUCCAGGUUCGUCGUGACGCCGUUUGAUGUGGUCAAGAUCCGGCUGCAGCUGCAAGUGGAAGAGGUCAGCCACAGUUCUCUUGGGCGAUACCGCAGUUUGCAACACUGUGUCCGUGACAUGUACAAGCAUGAAGGCAUGGCCAGCUUUUGGAAAGGCCACACCGCAUCACAGCUCCUCUCCAUCUCCUACGCUGCGGUUCAGUUCCCCGUGUUUGAGGGCGUUCGCGACAUGCUCACAACAGAACAGCAACGACUAUCAAAAGAAGGGGAUGUUCGCGCGAACUUUGUGGCUGGAAGCGCCGCUGCAACCGUGGCCACCGUUUGCACAUACCCUCUCGACAUUGUUCGCACGCGCAUGGUCAGCCAAGGCGAACCCAAGGUCUACCGCCAUGUGCUGCACUCCCUGACAUCGAUGAUUCAACACGAGGGCAUCGGCUCUCUCUACAGAGGGUUGGCGCCGACACUGGUUGCGGUCAUCCCGUACAUUGGCACGUCCUUCUCCGUGUACAUUGGCGCAAAGCGUGCGCUGGCUGCACUCUCACAUGACGGACAACGAAACAUCUCAUCCACCUUUGAAAAGGCGCUUGCAGGGGCGAUAUCCGGGGUGGUGAGCAAGACGCUGGUGCAUCCGAUUGACAUUGUGAAGAAGCGGUUCCAAGUGAUGGACUUUGGGCAUGCGCGGGACAAGUUUGGGUUUGGCGCCACCGUCCGCUACGAGAGCAGCUGGCACGGCCUGGUGUCGAUCCUUCGCCAGGAGGGCGUGCGUGGGCUCUUCAAGGGCCUCACCCCCUCCUUGGUCAAGGCCGUGCCGUCCAGCAUCAUCACCUUUCUCGUCUACGACUCUCUUCGACAGCUCCUCAUCCACAGCGAGCUCUAGGCUUCUUUUGCUGUACAUUUGUUACACGCUGCACGUGCUUCUUCUAACUUAAAACAGAUAUGGCUGUGGUUGUGGUUGUGGUUGUGGGUGUGGGUGUGGGUGUGGGUGUGGG